AACUGGACACACUUGGACAGGAGCUGCAGGACAAGCAGAGACAACUACAGGACAUGAUGAUCCUUGUGAAGCAACAGAAAUCUGAGUUAGCCGAAAAAAAACAACAGCUUGAAGAGAAAGAGAGUCUUCUAACUGAGAGAGAGACACAGAUGAUGGGAAAAGACAAACAACUUCAGGAGAAAGACAGACUUCUGACAGAAAAUACACAAACACUUCAGAAGAAGGACAAGUCACUGGAAGAGAAGGAGAAACAGCUCAAUCAGACAAGAGCUGAACUUGACAAAACAAUUAAGGAGUUAGAAGACAGUCAGCGACACGUGGAGGAGAAAAACACACAACUAGAGAAUCUGAACAAACUGCUGAAGGAGAAAGAAACACAGCUGAAGAACACAGAUAAAGAGCUGGAAACCAGUACAAAUAAACUGGACACACUGGGACAGGAGCUGCAGGACAAGCAGAGACAACUACAGGACAUGACGAUCGUAGUGGAGCAAAAUAAAUCUGAGUUAGCAGAAAAAAACAAACAGCUUGAAAAGAAAGAGAGUCUUCUAACUGAGAGAGAGACACAGAUGAUGGAAAGAGACAAAGAGCUUCAGGAGAAAGACAGACUUCUGACAGAAAAUACACAAACACUUCAGAAGAAGGACAAGACACUGGAAGAGAAGGAGAAACAGCUCAAACGGACAAGAGCCGAACUGGACAAAACAAUUAAGGAGUUAGAAGACAGUCAGCGACACGUGGAGGAGAAAAACACACAACUAGAGAAUCUGAACAAACUGCUGAAGGAGAAAGAAACACAGCUGAAGAACACAGAUAAAGAGCUGGAAACCAGUACAAAUAAACUGGACACACUGGGACAGGAGCUGCAGGACAAGCAGAGACAACUACAGGACAUGAUGAUCGUAGUGGAGCAACAGAAAUCUGAGUUAGAAGAAAAAAAUCAAAAGCUUGAAGAGAAAGACAGACUUCUAACUGAGAGAGAGACACAGCUAAUGGGACGAGACAAAGAGCUUCAGGAGAAAGACAGACUUCUAGAGGAGAAAACAAAGCAGCUGCAGGAACAGACAGAUCCAGAAUCAUCAGCUUCCAUCAGGAGAAGAAACAGCAAGGAAGAGUUACCUCCAACUAUGAGUGAAGAGACUCAGGACUCAGCAGCACCAAUCAGGAGAAGGAACAGUAUGGAGGGAAAUCGUCCAACAUUGGGGGGAGAAUCGUCUAGUCCACAUCCUCCAGCGUCGGUUCCUGUAGCAGAACUGAGGCUGGUGCUGCUGGGGAGGACGGGGUCUGGGAAGAGUGUAACAGGAAACACCAUCCUGGGCAGAGAAGAGAGGAACCAGGCUGCUACGUCUACAGCUACAUCUACAGCCACCCAGCAGAGUGAGAGCACACAGGGGGAGGUGGCUGGGAGGAAGGUGACUGUAGUGGACACGCCUGACUGGUUCUCUCCUGAACUGUCUCUGGAGAAGCUGAGACAGGACGUGGGACUCUGUGUCCAUCUGUCUGCUCCAGGACCCCACGCCUUCCUCCUGGUCAUACCUCUAAAGCAGCCUACAGGAGAGGAGAGAGGGAUGCUGGAGAAAAUGGAGGAGAUCUUUGGAGAGACAUGCUGGAGAAACACAAUGAUCAUAUUCAGUGCUACUGAUGAACAUCAGAAGAAGAACAUUGAGGACUUUAUCCAAUCAGGAGACCAGGAGGUCCAGAGACUUGUAGAGAAAUGUGGGAACAGGUUUCACUGUCUCAACAUUAAUGAGAGUGGAGAUGGUUCUCAGGUCUCAGAGCUGUUGGAAAAGGUAGAGAAGAUGGUGGAAGGAAGCAGAGAGAAAUUCUACAGCAGUGACAUCUACCUAGAGACAGAAUCUCAGAUCAGAGCAAUGGAAGCAACGAUUCUGAAGGAAAGAGAAGAGAAAAGAGAGAGAGAGGAGAAGGACAUGAAAGAAAAAAUAGAGAAGGAGGUGCAGGAUUCUCUGAGAAAGAUAGAGGGAGUGAUCAAGGAGCAUGAAGGAGACAUCAGACAACUUAAUGAUCGAACAACUGAACUGGAGAGAAAGAUGAAAGAAGAGAGGGAUGAAGAGAAAAAGAAAGAACUUGAGAAGGAGCUGAAACAAGAGGUAGACAAAAGGACAGAAAUGAAAGUAAAGGUGAAGAAACUAAAAGAAAAGAGAGAGAGGGAGAGAAAAGAGAUGGAGGAAAGGCACAAGCAGGAGAUGGAGGAGAUCAGGGAGGUGUAUGAAGGAGAGAUCAGAAUGGAGGCAGAGAGAAAGAUCAUGAAGAUCAUCCUGCCUGAACUCCAGAGAAACAUGUUGUCCUCAAAAACAAAGAUGCAGGAAGAUUUCAGCAGACAGAUGGAGGAGAAGAACAGAGAGAUGGAGAAUCUUCAGCAGAAACUUUCACAGCUCACAGAUACUCACAGUCUGCUUGAAGAGGUUUAUGAGAAAACUGUCAGAGAAAGUUCAGAGAGAGCUUCUCUAAAAGGAGAGGCAUCAAAGGGAAUGUCUCAGAAAUUUAAAGGCUUAUUUAAAUGAGUAACAGAGUUUAUAAAGCUGCAGAGACUCAAAUGGUCUGAAGGCGUAUCGGCCAGUGAUGGUAGACGUCACAGAGCUAGAGACAGAAGUCUAAGGAUAAAGAAAGAAGCUAAUAAACAGUUAGUUUUUUCCUAAGGCCUAAUAGCCAAACAAUUCUUAAGACAACAGGAUGUUUAAAAAUGAAGAUGGAUUGUCCAACUGGCUACAAGUGUGCAGCACAUUCACAAAUAAGUUGCAGGG